GGUCGUGGUGGGCCCAGCUGCGCCCUUGAGAUCCCCUCCGUGACACCACGCUUGGCCACCCGCAACCAGACGUCUUUCCGUGUGACCUGGCCCCGCCCCCCCAUACCAGUGGAUGGCUACCAGGUGGCCCUCAUUCCCCUGGAUGAGCCGGCGGCAAUGACCACCCAUGAGCUGCCUGGUUCUGCUGUGACCUUCGAGGUGACAGGGCUGGCACCCGGACACACGUUCGAGCUCUUCAUCCAGGCCCAGCGGGAGAAGCACCUUGGGGCACCUGGCACCCUGCGUGUCCGCACCCUGCUUUCCCAGACUCUGCCCACCCAUGGGGUGUCCCCAGGGUCCCCUCAGGGUUCCCUGGGGUCCCCGGCAUCACCAAUGGCCCCAGCAUCACCAUCAUUCCAAGGGUCUCCAGCAUCCCCAAGGUCCCCGGGGUCACCAGAGUCCCUGGGAUCACCAGCAUCACCACGGUCACCGGAUGCAUCCUUGGGGUCACCAGGGUCUUUGGGGUCUCCAGCAUCUCCAAAGUUUCCAGCGUCCCCAGUAUCUUGGGGGUCCCCAGUGUCCCCAAGGUCCCCAGAGGCACCAGCAUCCCCAGUGUCCCCAAGACCAACAUCUCCACGGUCCCCGGCAUCUCCACUGUCCCCUGUGUCACCUUCAUCUCCAUGGUCCCCGGUGUUCCCAGCAGCUCCAUUGUCCCCAGUGCUGCCAGGCGGCCCAUCCCUGCAUGACUUGGGGGCCAGGCUCUCCUCCUACAAUGGCUCCUUGCUGCAGCGUCUGGAAAGCCACCUCCGGGCUACGAACUUUCCCCUCCGGGGCAACCAAACGGUGCCAGCAGUGGCCCGUGCCAUCCUCUCUUACCUUCUGCGCCGCAGCCCGGCGCCGUUGCGUCAGCAGCUCCUCCGCCAGAUCCCCCAUCCCAAGCCCCAGUUGAUGCCAGGGGCCGCUGGUGAGGCUCUGGUGGACCUGGAUGGGCUGCAGGGCCACGCAGAGACUGUGGUGAUCCGUUACCGGCUCCUGGAAGAGCCAGAGGGGGCCGAGGGGGAACUACAGGUGCCAGGGGACACGGCGGUGGCCCGGGUGCCAGGGCUGGUGCCAGGGGCAAUGUACCGUGUGGAGGUGCACGGCGUGGUGCGAGGGCACGUCUCCAAGUCCUACACAUUCCUGGUGACGGCAGGGGUAGGUGGCACUGAUGAGCCCCCGAUGGACUGGGAGCACAUGUAUGAGAUGGAGUUGACUGAGCCCCAAGGUGCUGUAGCCAAAGCAGUGCCAGCCAUGCCAUCAGAGGAACCACCACCUCGGCCCCGCCUGGGUGGGCUCACGGUCACCCAUGUCACGCCUGGCUCCAUCCAGCUGGAGUGGAGCGUCCUCGAGGGCACCUUUGACUCCUUCACGGUGCAGUACAGGGAUGCCCAAGGCCAACCUCAGGCACUUGCAGUUGAUGGUGGUUCGCGCACAGUGACCGUACCUGGGCUGUCCCCGUCCCGGCGCUACAAGUUCAACCUGUACGGGGUGUGGGGUCGGAAACGAAUUGGUCUUAUUUCCACUGAUGCUGUCACAGCUCCGGCUCUACCAAAGGAGGAGAAACCACCAUCGCAGCCAAUCCUGGGCGA